GCCGCGGGGAUCGUCAGGCCGGAGCCGUGCGGCCGAACGGGCUGCGGGGAGGCUCGGCCGCCGGUAGGCUCGCGGCGCCCGGGCCGGCGGGGUCCGGCCGGGCCGGCAGCGUCCGCCGAGCGACGGGAAGAGGUAACGGAGCAGACAAAGAGCGGCGCCUGGGAGGGCGCGGCCGCCGCCCCGGGACCCGCGCCGCUGCCCUCCGGCCUCGGCGGGAGGCGGGCGGCGAGAUUUCAUAUGUUCCUUUUCUAGAAAUGAUCUCCGAGACCAUAAUUCUCUUUUGAGAUUUGAGUUGGAUUUCAGAAUUUGGAGAAUUCCUGCAGCUUUGUAACUUCAGAAGUGUAAUCAGCUGAAAAAAUCACCUUAGAGGAGUUCUGCAUUUUGCCAGUCAUCUCUGAAUGCCAAAAAAGGACUCCAUGAAAGAUGACAGAAGAAGUCAUUGUUAUAGCAAAGUGGGACUACACUGCCCAACAGGACCAGGAGCUUGACAUCAAGAAGAACGAGCGCCUGUGGCUGCUGGAUGACUCCAAGACGUGGUGGCGGGUGAGGAACGCCGCCAACAGGACGGGCUACGUGCCGUCCAACUACGUGGAGAGGAAGAACAGCCUGAAGAAGGGCUCCCUGGUGAAGAACCUGAAAGACACACUAGGCCUCGGCAAGACCAAGAGGAAGACUAGCGCAAGGGACGCAUCCCCAACUCCCAGCACCGACUCGGAGUACCCCGCCAACGGGGGCGGUGCAGACCGCAUCUACGAUCUCAACAUCCCUGCCUUCGUCAAGUUCGCCUACGUGGCUGAGAGGGAGGACGAGCUGUCCCUGGUGAAGGGGUCGCGUGUCACUGUCAUGGAGAAGUGCAGCGAUGGUUGGUGGCGUGGCAGCUACAACGGGCAGAUCGGCUGGUUUCCCUCUAACUACGUCCUGGAGGAGGUGGACGAGGCAGCCGCGGAGUCCCCCAGCUUCCUGAGUCUGCGGAAGGGUGCGUCCCUGAGCAAUGGCCAGGGCGCCCGUAUCCUGCAUGUGGUCCAGACGCUGUACCCCUUCAGCUCCGUCACUGAGGAGGAGCUCAACUUUGAGAAAGGGGAGACCAUGGAGGUGAUUGAGAAGCCGGAAAACGACCCGGAGUGGUGGAAAUGCAAAAACGCCCGGGGGCAGGUCGGCCUGGUCCCCAAAAACUAUGUGGUGGUCCUCAGCGAUGGGCCGGCCCUGCCUCCGUCUCACGCCCCUCAGAUCAGCUACCCGGGGCCCGCGGGUAGUGGGCGCUUCGCGGGCAGAGAGUGGUACUACGGGAACGUGACACGCCACCAGGCCGAAUGUGCCCUCAACGAACGGGGCCGCGAGGGUGAUUUCCUCAUUAGGGACAGUGAGUCCUCGCCCAGUGACUUCUCCGUGUCUCUCAAAGCAUCAGGGAAGAACAAACAUUUCAAGGUGCAACUUGUGGACAAUGUCUACUGCAUCGGGCAGCGGCGGUUUCACACCAUGGACGAGUUGGUGGAGCACUACAAAAAGGCCCCUAUCUUCACCAGCGAGCAUGGGGAGAAGCUCUACCUCGUUCGAGCGCUUCAGUGAUGCCUCCCCGUGGCCCUGCCACCUCCAGGCCAUGGUGCCUCACUCACUUCCCCAGGGCCUAGCGUUUGGCCCCCAGAAGAUGUGGUCGGGCACUGGCUCCCUUUGCCUGGUUGACCUUUCUCUCCAGGUUCCCAUCUGCCUCCCCUUCGCCAUCCCAGACCCUCAUUCCACGUUCAAGGCCACUCUGCUCCUGGCCAGUUUUAGAGAAUGGGAGGUGGAAGAGGGGCAAGUUUGUUCACUUUAUUUCUUCUGAGUUGGAAACAGCCUUAGUCUGUUCGCCUUGUUCAUGCUAUCAGCUCCUCUCAGUAAGAAGACACUGGGCACAGGUGGAGUGCACUGAAGCUGCCCUUGACGAAGUGACCUACAGUGCAUUCCAAGGUGGCCUCUCAGGAGAACACUGGGCUCCCAUAUGCCAGGCAGCACAGGUGAAGGUCCUGGUCCCAGCAGCCCUCGUUCCUGUCCUUUGCCCUUUCCUGGCUCCCAGAUUCUCCAGGGAGUGAACACGUUUGCCAGUAGCAAUACUGGAACACCAGGUGAGAGAGUAGUGAGGAAGCUGUCCAGUGCCUUUGGGGCUGUGCUUGCAAUAAGAAAGGAUUUCCUUGAAGUUCACUCCACAAGAGGGACUGGUGACUCAGAAAGAGAUGUUUUGAUAAUUUACCCCCAGAUGUGCCAUCAACAUAGUGCUUUUUCUUCUUGCCCUUUGGCUUGUUUAAAUUUCACAAUUAUGUAUUUAAUUCUCAAAGUAAUAUGUAGCCAUUUGUUGACACUAAUACAGAUGAUUAAAGAAAAGAGCUGAUCUUUGGGGAAGGGAAGCUACCAACACUUUACACACACAGACACACACACACACACACACAAAAUAUAUAUAUAUAUAUAUAUAAAACAUAUAUAUGUUUUAUAUAUAUAUAUUUUUUUUUGCUUUACAGGGAAGUGUUUCAGGGUUUACAAAAGAAUAUGUAACUGGUAGUAAGAGACACACAGAAUUUUUAUGUUUUUCUUUACAUUUGAACUUCUUUAUAGUUUAAAUAUACUAUCUUGAGAUGGCACAUUCCUACAGUCGAAGAAGGGGUCUUGAGACCUCCAAAACUUGCAUACUCAGUUUUUUGGAUAUUGUAAUAAAAAAGUAUUAUGACAAGACUGUGUGUAUAUGUAUCUUUGGGAAAACUGUGAUUUAAUGACCGGAGAGCAACGCCUGCAGAAUUUACAGAACUCUCAGUGCCUAAAAGGAAGCAGUUUUAGAGAGGAGUUGAACACAUUUAUUAUAGUGUGUUUUCUUUUUCUACCACCACGUUUUUGUAUAUUGAAAUAAUAAACUUUAAUUAGUGAAACU